AAAUGCACAAGUUUUGCUUUAGUAGCUGAGAGUAUGUAACCAGUAUUUAUUUUCUACGAUCUGACAGAUGUUAUAAACACAUGAUAUUCGGAUGAUUGACAGUUAUCGGUUGAUACUUGCCGUUUUCUGUGAAUUAUAAAGGUUUAUUACUUAGGAGUUAGAUUACUUUAUCAAAUAGUGUUUCCAAGAAAAAUAGGUAAAUAUUGUUGGUCAAGUCGCAUGUGAGUGUUUCAGCUUCGAUCGUUUUUAUUUCGGAAAUAAUCUCCCACCACGCAGGGCUGCAAGAUUUUCUGCUUAUCACGCGUAUGCCGUUGCCUUAACUGACCGCUGCUUGACCUCAAUAAAAAUGUCUCGAGUAGAUAAAUCUGUCAAGUCUCACGAUUCACAAAAAACUGAUUCUAUAGAGAAUCAAAAACUACCAAGUAUACCGGCAUUUGAAGAUAAACUUAGCAGAUUGCCAUCCACGACUAAAGAUGCUAAAUACAUGAGCUCAAGCAAAGAGACCAUUAAUCUUAGGGAUCAAGAACAAAUGCCGACGUUAAUGAGACCUCCAGAUGUAAACAAAUAUUACGCUCAGAGGAAGGCGUACUCUGUCCCAAAGGUUAACCAUCAUGGGCCGUACCCGAAUACUCGGACUAUGAGUCAUUGCUACAACUUACUGUAUGACAAAACCAGUGUUCCUUAUAUUCGCAAAUCAAAAAAUGAAGUUGGAAAUAAAUCAAGACGUAAAUCAAAGUCUUAUGAUAAGCUGGAAACGUCGAGUUAUGAUAACAUUGAAAUUAGUUCAAACGACCGCAUACACUUACCGAAGUUACAAGCUCAUGAAACGGAUUUUUUGGCUCUUGUUUCUGAAGAUGACGUCGACGCCGUCAAAACCUAUGUAGCAAGUCACCCUGACCUCAAUUUAAAUUGCAUUAAUUUCCAGGGGGUAUCAGCUCUCCACAUCGCCGUACAAAACAGAUCCGUGGCAAUGGUUGAAUUUCUCUUGACUCACCCAAAUAUAGAAAUUGGUGACAACGUGUUGCAUGCCAUCCACUAUAACAGCAUAAAAAUAUUGGAGAUGUUGUUGAACGCUCAGUCGAAGAUCUCGCCGGGAUUAGAGUUCGCGGGGACCACGCACUCGACUGAUUACCCAGCUCACGUCACGCCACUCAUCCUCGCCGCUCAGAUGGGCCAUUACGAACUCGUCUCGCUGCUGAUCGACCGCGGACACUGCAUUGCCCGACCUCAUGUGCCGAACUGUCGUUGUAUUGCUUGCAAAAAUUCUUUGGUAAACGAGGAUCCCCUGCACGCGAGCAGCGCGCGGCUGUCGGUGUACCGCGCCAUCGCCUCGCCGGCGUACCUGGUGCACGUCUCAUCGGACCCUAUCUUGACCGCGUUCCGGCUCACUGCGGAGCUGGCAGACAACGCCGCCGCGUACAGGCACAUAGCCGGGGCAUAUCUCCAGCUAUCCGAUGACGUCAGCGCCUUCGCCGUUGACCUUAUAGGAUGUUGUCGCACCUCCGAAGAAGUGGAAUUUAUAUUGAAGCAAAAAUCAGGUUGUAGAGGUCGUCGGCACUUCGUAUUACCUAGAUUGCUCAUGGCGGUGGACUAUAGGCAAAAGGAAUUUGUCGCACAUCCAAACACACAGCAGGUUCUCGAAUCCUAUUGGCUAGGCGACUGGCAUAAUUGGAGAAGCAAAUAUACACGAACAAAAGCUAUGAUCAUUCUAUACCGAGUGUUCAUUACUCCGAUUAUUCUUAUUGUAUGCAUGGUAGCGCCUCGUCAUCGCCUCGUAAGACACUGGCAGAUACCGUUGAACAAACUGAUUACUCACGUGGCUGCAUACUUCGUAUUUCUUGCCCUGGUCUUCUACAUAUCUAAUCAAGAUAAAUCUCUGCAGAAACGAGGACCUCCAAACACAGGUGCUGAAGCCCCAAUAAUACUGUAUGUUUGUGGGUACACGUGGUCAGCUCUCCGCAUGAUCGUGAUGCAGGGUCCUCAUCGAUACUUCAGUAAGAUGUGGAACUGGGCCGAAAUCAUAAUGCUCACGAUGUUCGGCCUGACCUUCGUGUUCUGGGUCGCAGCAGCUAUCGAUAUAGCCAUCCGUGAUCAGGAAGAUUUAGACCGCAAAUACUGGCGACAGUACGAUCCAACUUUAUUAGCCGAGGGCACGUUCUGCCUCGCCACUAUAUUCGCUUUCUUCCGACUUAUGUUCCUAUGCCAGUUGAACUACCAUCUAGGGCCACUACAGGUAUCAUUAGGAAAAAUGACGAUCGAUAUUUACAAAUACAUCAUAGUAUUUGCAAUUAUUAUAAGUGCGUUCGCCGCAGGCCUCGCUCGCUUCUACCAAUAUUAUGACGGAAUGGUAUACGAGGAUGAAUUUGGAAUGAAGACCGUGCAGGUGUCUUCAUUCACAAGCUUAUCAGACACUUUGAACACGUUAUUCUGGGCAUUGUUUUGUAUGGCGCCUUUGGAGAGUGCAGAUGUGGUCUUGGAAAACACAAGAGAAUUGAGGAACGUUGACAAAAUGCGUGACAACAGACACGCAUACACGGAGCGCAUCGGAUACUUUUGUUUCGGAUGUUUUGAAGUAAUAUCUGUUAUAGUUGUAUUGAACAUGCUCAUUGCGACCAUGUCUAAUACUUUUCAGCGCGUUAAUGAUAAUGUGGACAUAGAAUGGACGUUUGGGAAAACAGAGGUGUACAUAGACUACAUGCUUCAGACAACUUUGCCGUCGCCCUUUAACCUGAUACCAACAGCCUCUGGGAUGGGUAACGUCGUGGAGUGGUUCUGUACUAAGAUCAAGAGACCUCCCGGGGUGUACGCCCGCUGGUCCCCGUAUUACUGUUGUUACAUCGAACGUGACGUGGAAGCUAGUGUCCUCAGAGAGUAUCCAGCACUGAUGUCGGUCCUCGUGCAGCGAUACUUCAGAGAUAAGGAUUCCUCACAGAUAAUAGCAUGCAAGCUAGAAAACGAACUGACAGCUAUGCGGAGAAAUCUUGAUGCUGUUAAGAUAUCGCGAUAAUUUGUUAUUACGUAUUUUGAAGCUUAGGUUGUAGAUAAGACGCAAGGUUAUUUCUAGUUUUAUUGAAUAAAAAAAUGAAAAAAAUUCUCUAGCACUAAGGAUUGUCGUGGAGGCUUCACAAACAUUCAAGUCACAUGCACAGAGACCCAGAUUCAGGAAAAGCAUUCGCAGAACUCGCAAAUGCUUGCCCCACGCGGGGAUCGAACCCACGACACGUCGCGCAAUGGGUUUGGCGAGAUGACCUCAACCGCGAGGCUAGUCGCCUGUAGAGGCAGGAAUUUU